ACAGAGUAACAAUCGGAACAACUGAGCAAUAGGUGACUGGGCUCGCGGAUCAAGGAACUCCGCUGAUUUUAUUUGUCCCGUGAAACUCGCUACAAAAAAAGAAGAGGAAAACGGGAAACGUAGCUUUCCGGAGCCGGCGUAUAUUUCCUGAUGAGGAGGAAAUCCACUUCUUUCGCGCGUGAAGAUCCACGGAGAGCGCAGGAAUAAGAGAAAUGCAGGGAUUUGUGCGGUUACCGUCGCUCCGGUGAACUGUAUUAUUGUUUCUGAGGUGAAUGGAGUUACGCCGGGCUUCACUUUAACGUUAGCCCGACUGUGUGCUUCGGAAACGCCACAGCAUCGGAGAUUAAACCUCAGUCGAUGUUUCACCAUUAACGACUUUCCAUCGGGACUCUCCGCCAGAUGAACUCCAUGAGUCCCGACGCGUUCAUUUAACGUUAGCGGGUGUCCUGUCAACAAACCGGCUAGUUCGACCACUCCAACUAACAACCGUUAAAAACCCGGCUAGUUCGACCACCCACAACUAAGAGAUUGUGUGUGUGUGUGUUUGUGAUGAUCCUAACAGGUACGGUUACCGCUGAAAUGGUGCUACCAGACAGACGAGGGAGAUCGGUGUAAAAUCGCCCACAUGUACUGGAUCAAUCGCUUGCUGGUAGCUGAUCGGAAUCCGAAGCGGGAAGAAGAAGACGUGAGUUGUAAACCCUCGCAGGCUGGAAGAUGGCGGAGCAGCACCAUAGCUGGAGGAGGUGGUGGUGUUGAGGGACAAACUUCGAAACGCUUGAGAUUUAUUUCCAAACAGCGCGAUCUGGCCUUCAGGACACAUGCAGGCCAAAAAACGAUAUCUGAUCUCGCUCUUGACUGGCGCCUUUCUAGUUCUGCUCAUUUACUUGGGAGGAGGAGGGGUCCCGGGUCCCGCGGCCCCGGGCUCCAGGAGCCGGACGCAUGGAUACAACCGGCCCGAUCAGCCGUGGCCACACUUCUCGGACCCCUUACAACACUUCAGCCCGUGGGACCACUCGGACACGGAGGACUAUAACGUGCACAUAUCGCCCAGGCAGAAGAGAGACGUGAACUCCAGUGUGUACAAGGGUAAGCGGUGCCGCAUGCAAUCCUGCUUUGAUUUCUCGCUCUGCCAACGGAACGGCUUCAAAGUGUACGUGUAUCCGCAGCAGAAGGGCGAGAAGAUCUCGGAAAGUUACCAGAAUAUCUUAUCCACCAUCGAGGGCUCUAGAUUUUACACCUCCGACCCUGGUCAGGCGUGCGUGUUUGUGCUGAGCUUGGACACUCUCGACCGAGACCAGUUGUCUCCGCAGUAUGUGCACAAUCUCAAAACUAAAGUGCAGAGCUUGGCUCUGUGGAACAAUGGUAGGAAUCACCUCAUAUUUAAUUUGUACUCUGGCACAUGGCCUGAUUACACGGAAGAUUUGGGCUUUGACAUUGGUCAGGCCAUGCUGGCCAAAGCUAGCAUCAGCACCGAGAACUUCAGACCUAACUUUGACAUCUCCAUCCCCCUGUUCUCCAAGGAGCACCCGAGGACCGGCGGGGACAGGGGCUACUUGAAAUACAACACCAUUCCACCUUUUAGAAAGUAUAUGUUGGUAUUUAAGGGCAAGCGCUAUUUGACAGGCAUCGGCUCGGACACGAGGAAUGCUUUAUAUCACGUUCAUAACGCGGAGGAUGUAGUUCUGCUCACCACCUGCAAACAUGGCAAAGACUGGCAGAAACACAAGGACGCGCGCUGUGACAAGGACAACGCAGAGUAUGACAAGUACGACUACCGUGAAAUGCUGCACAACUCUACCUUCUGUCUGGUUCCUCGAGGACGACGCCUGGGAUCCUUCCGCUUCCUGGAGGCUCUGCAGGCGGCCUGUGUGCCGGUGAUGCUGAGUAACGGUUGGGAGCUCCCCUUCUCAGAGGUCAUCGACUGGAACACUGCUGCUGUGAUCGGAGACGAGAGGCUCCUGCUGCAGAUCCCGUCCACUGUUCGCUCCAUCCAUCAGGACAAGAUCCUGGCCCUCAGACAGCAGACGCAGUUCCUCUGGGAGGCCUAUUUCUCUUCUGUGGAGAAGAUCGUGCUCACCACACUAGAAAUCAUCCAGGACCGGGUGCUCCAGCAGAGCUCCAGGAGCAGUGUGAUGUGGAACAGUCACCCCGGUGGACUCUUCUCUCUGCCGCAGUACUCCUCAUAUCUGGGAGAUUUCCCUUUCUUCUACGCCAAACUCGGGAUCAAGCCGAGUCCCAAGUUCACUGCAGUUAUCCAUGCAGUGACGCCGCUGGUUUCUCAAUCUCAGCCCAUUCUCAAGCUCAUCAUCUCAGUGGCCAGAUCACAGUACUGCGCUCAGAUUAUUGUGUUGUGGAACUGUGACAAGCCUUUACCUGCCAAACAGCGCUGGCCGGCCACUGCGGUGCCCAUUAUAGUGAUUGAAGGAGAAAACAAGGUGAUGAGCAGCCGUUUUCAGCCGUAUGAAAGCCUCAUCAGUGAUGCGGUGUUGAGUCUGGAUGAAGACACUGUGUUGUCCACCACUGAGGUGGACUUUGCCUUCACAGUGUGGCAGAGUUUUCCGGAGAGGAUUGUGGGAUAUCCUGCCCGCAGUCAUUUCUGGGACAAUAAUAAGGAGCGCUGGGGUUACACUUCCAAAUGGACCAACGACUAUUCAAUGGUUCUCACCGGAGCUGCCAUUUACCACAGAUAUUACCACUUCCUGUACACCCACUUCCUGCCGAGCAGCCUGAAGAGUAUGGUGGACCAGCUGGCCAACUGUGAGGAUAUCCUGAUGAACUUCCUGGUGUCUGCAGUCACUAAACUCCCACCGGUCAAAGUCACGCAGAAGAAGCAGUACAAGGAGACCAUGAUGGGUCAGUCGUCUCGAGCCUCGCGCUGGGCCGAUCCGGACCACUUCGCCCAGCGGCAGACCUGCAUGAACAAGUUCGCCAGCUGGUUUGGCGGCAUGCCCCUGGUGCACUCCCAAAUGAGACUGGACCCCGUGCUGUUCAAGGACCAGGUCUCCAUCCUGCGCAAGAAAUACAGGGAGAUCGAGCGGCUCUGACCAGACUGGCGCCCCCUGCUGGACGUUCAACAGGGGGCCGUAAGAGACUCUGAAAAGAGAGAGCUUCUCUUCAGCACACACGCAAAACACACACACAUCUGACGGACACCUCUGGAGGGAAGAUUUGGUUUUGGGGACGCCACAGAUGAUCUUUCCCAGCACACGAGCGACAGGAGGGAUGCAUCAUUGUGUUUAGCACUUCAUCUCCAUCCACCUCCAUUCAUACUAGUGUUAUUAAAAGUGCCCACUGUGAUCCAAACAAAACUCUUAAAGGGACCGUUCACCCAGAAAUGAUCAUUUAGGCACAGUUUAUUAUCCAUCAAAUAGUUCCAAACCAUUGACUUCCAAAGUGUUUGUUUUUCCUACUAUGGAAGUCAAUGGUUACAGGUUUUCAACAUUCUUCAAAAUAUUUUCUUUUUUUCUUCUUCAUCCAGAUCCAUUCAUACUAGUGUUAUUAAAAGUGCCCACUGUGAUCCAAACAACUCUUAAAGGGACAAUUCACCCAGAAAUGAUCAUUUAGUCACAGUCUAUUCUCCCUCAAAUGAUUCCAGACCUUUAUCAGUUUCUUUAGUCUGUUGAAAGCUGAAAACCAUUGACUUCCAUAGUAUUUGUUUUUCCUACAAUGGAGGUGAAUGGUUACAGGCUUUCAACAUUCUUCAAAGUAUCUUUUUUUCUUCUUCAUCCAGAUUUAUUCAUACUAGUCCUAUCAAUAGUUCACCACUGUAAUGCUAAAAUGAUACCAAGAUUCUAAAGUUAUAUGAAGAGUUCAGAUGCAAACAAAACUCUUAAAGAAACGGUUGCCCUAAACAAGUAUCAUUUAGUCAGUGUUUAUUCUCCCUCAAUUGAUUCCAGACCUUUGAGUUUCUUUAUUUUGUUGAAAGCUGAAACCCAUUGACUUUCAAAGUAGGAAUAACAAAAUACCAUGAAAGUCAAUGGUUAUAGGUUUCUAACAUUCUUCAAAAUAUCUUAUUUUUCUUUAUCAUCCAGAUCCAUUCAUACUAGUGGUAUUAAAAGUAUACAGAGAUUUCUAAAGUUAUAUAUGAAGAAUUGAGGUGCAAACAAAACUCUUAAAGGGACAGUUCACCCAAAAAUGAUCAUUUAGUCAGUGUUUAUUCUCCCUCAAAUGGUUACAGACCUUUAAGAGUUUCAUUAUUCUGUUGAAAGCUAAAAAACACUGAUUUCCAUAGCAGGAAAAACAAAUACUGUAGAAGUCAAUGGUUACAUGUUUCCAACAUUCUUCAAAAUAUCAUCUUUUUUUCUUCUUCAUCCAGAUCCUUUCAUACUAGUGUUAUCAAACAUGCCCACUGUGAUGUUGAAAUAAUACAGAGAUUUUAAAGUUAUAUGAAGAGUAUAGUUGUAAACAAAACUCUUAAAGAGACAGUUCAGCCAAAAAUGAUAAUUUGGUCACUGUUUAUUAGCCCUCAAAUGAUUCCAGACCUUUGAGUUUCAUUAUUCUGUUGAAAGCUGAAAACCAUUGACUUCCAAUUAAAGUAGGAAAAACAAAUACUAAAGAAGUCAAUGUUUACAGGUUUUCAACAUUCUUCAAAAUAUCUUCAAAUUUUCUUCAGAAAUGACUGUGAUUGCCUCCACUGAUCAUCAUCGUAUGUUAUAUGACCUCUGUGAAAGUCAUGUUUAUCCAUCAGCGGUCCACUCAUAUAUAGACAGAUCCUCUAAUAGAUGUGACUCUAAUUUCUCUAAUAUCUGUGUACACGACGAGAAAUGAUUAUUAGAGCCAAUCACAGUCAUAUCUGUUAAGUAUGUGAUCCUAAUAGCCAAUCAGUAUCAUGUAAAUGGAUAUUUCUCCCAAAUUUUACUGCCAAAUUUUCCCCCAUGUGGUUUUUAACAUUUGAGGUUCUUCCUUCUGUUGAACACGAAAGAAGAUAUUUUGAAGAAUGCUGGUUGCUGGCAUCCAUUGUUUUUAAUAGUAGGAAUAAAAUCACUAAGGAAGUCAAUGGCUAUCAGCAUUUUUCAAAACAUCAUCUUUUGUGUGCAACAGAAGAAGAAAGAACUGAAAUAAUUAGUGAACUAUGAGAGUUUUUGAGUAAAUAAUGACAGAAUGUUUAGUUUUGGCUGUACUGUCCCUUUAAGAAAAAUUUCAAUGCUGAAUUAUUGCAGUCGGCACUUUUUUAACCACUAAUCCAUCUUUACAUUUUGAGAUGUUUGUUUUUUGUGUUCAUUUCCAAGGCUUUAUAAAGAGUCUUUUCCAAUGCGUCUUAAUGAUCAAAGUUGAUUAGUAAACAAAAACGGCAUCAUUGGAAAUAACUCUCUUAUUAGUGCUGUAGCCACCAUUUUAACAC